GGAGGGAGUGUCUAUAAGGCUACUUGAGUGGUUUAUUGCACUGAAGCCUCUCUCCAUCUAUCAGCCUGGUCAGGGGAAACGCCGACGGAAAUAAGACCUGGGAGAACCGGACCGCGUGAGGAUCGUAAAGUAAUUGAAAAGGAUUCAUAGAAAUAUUGUCGCUUUUAAUGUGACCGACCGAUCGUUGUGUGCGCCGCGUCCGCUUUGUGAUCAACUUCUCUGGGGAGUGUGGGUGCGCCUCUCGGUGUUCGGAGAACUCAGAAGCAGGACCUAGACCGAGCCGGUGGUCAACCCCAGGGAAGAGCCUCCGGUUGGGCUUUGCUGACCUUGCUCCACCCGCUAUCUCUGGUUUUCCACCUGGUUCUCUGGAUCUCCUGACAACACCACUCUCUCGACUCUUCCCGUAGACACGGCACUAUACCCCGGGGUGCUAAACCUGUCCAACUCCAUCUCUGGUUCCCUGGACCCACCUCUCCCUCACCUCUCCCCCAGCAACCCUUCCCCUCCCUGGGCUGAGAUACAGAUGUCUGUGCCCUCGGCCCUGGAGUUCCACUGGCAGAGCCUGGCUCGGCUGCCCAGUGGGCGUGUCUACCACUCCCUGGCAGAGGUGGGGGGGCAGAUGUACAUGCUGGGGGGCUGUGAUGCUGCAGGGAGGCCCUCCCCAGCCCUGGAACUCUACUCUCCAGAGGGGGACCAGUGGUUAAGCUUGCCCCCCAUGCCCACCCCUCGGGCGGGUGCGGCCGUGGCGGUGCUGGGCAAACAGAUCCUGGUUGUGGGUGGUGUGGGGGAGGACCAGCACCCUCUGAAGGUGGUGGAGGUGUACAACACAGAGGAGGGGAGGUGGAAGAAGAGGAGCGCCCUCAGAGAAGCACUGAUGGGGGCGGCCGUCACUGUGAAAGAUGGGCGUGCGUUGGCAGUGGGUGGAAUGGGUUCAGACCUGCUCCCCCGUAGUAUACUGCAGCAGUAUGACCUGAGGAAGAAUGUGUGGGCACUACUGCCACCUAUGCCCACACCGAGAUAUGAUGCUACAGCACACCUACUGGGCAACAAAAUCUACGUGGCAGGUGGGCGUCAGUGUAAGCGCACGUUGAAGGUCUUUGAGGUAUUUGAUUCAGAGACACGCUCCUGGAGUACACUACCGAACAUGCCGUGCAAACGUUCGUAUGGGGGCGUGUUCUGGGACAGUUCAGGGAGGCUGUGUCUGCUGGGGGGGCUAAGGAAGGGAGGGGGCCACCAGAGCUCCAAGUUCACCAAGAAUGUCAACAUCUUUGAUACUAACCAGGGGUUGUGGUUGAAGUCAGAGGACACGGUGGCCAUGAAGACUAAGAGGGCUGACUUCGCCUCAUCUUUCCUCAGGGGCAGGAUGGUCGUAGCAGGAGGACUCGGUCACCAGCCUUCAGUUCUGGACACGGUGGAAGCCUUCCACCCUCAGAAGAGGAAGUGGGAGAGACUGGCUCCCAUGGCAAUGGCACGAUGCUCCGCCUCGUCCAUCGUCAUCAGGGACCGCCUGCUGGUGGUGGGAGGAGUCAACCAGGUCCCUAGUUCAGCCAAUGAGAUCCUGUAUGUGAAAGAGGAGGAAUAUUUGUAGGCUAGAGGACACAACCCUUACAGGAUGAUUGACAGCAGGAUGACAACAAGAAGAUUCCAAAUUCUAGAACAUUCUAUUCAAGAUCAGUGGUUCCAAUGCUUUCAGAAUGGCUGCUGGUCUGGGACAAGUGCAAUAUGCUUCCUAAGAUCUACAGAGGAAUAGUAAGGAUGGGGAAAUCAUACCACAAACACAGAACAGUGCCCUCUGCUGGGUUGUCUAUACACACUCAACUCCAACACACAGUGAGAGAACUUGUAUCACACAGGCUACACACACAGAGAAUAUAUCCCAAUUAUCACCAUACUGACUCACAGCAUACAAAAAUAUUCUACACCAGGGAUGGCCAACUUUGAUGGGCAUGGGGGCCACAAAAAAUCUGAACUCAUCAUGAGGGGCCGUAGGUACUCGCAGGUCUGCUUACCCACAUGUGCAAAACCACAUUUCGAAAUUGCAUCUUGUGUAUUCUAAAAAAAGGGCCGCCAAUUUCCCAUCCCUGCUCUACACACGAGGAGCUGGCUUUCUCUGUAAAUAAGUUAUAAAUAAGAGUUUUAGUAAUGAAAAGAUUCCUCUGCACUGUGUGUGAUCUCCCCAUGGAGAUUCUCAAGGUCUUCAAUAUUUUUUUACUUUUACAUCUAUUGUUGUAGACUUACUGCUUGCCUUGCAUUAAACAUUUUCAACAGGAAAUAUAGAUGUGAUUUUAACAGUGAGUAAAGACUAAAGCAAGGUAAUACAUUUUGUAUUGUUACUUAGAUAAAUACUGUAUAUUUGUUGUGUAUGAAAUGUGUGCUGUUUGUCAACAGUUUUAUAUUCAUUACUGUAGAUGCAAAUGACCUCAUGUUAGUGUCCACCCAUUUCUAGACCUAAAUUAGUCAACUCCUGACGUACAGUAUGCAGUGGCUUGGACUGGCGUGAAGACAUGCACUUAACUGGAGCGAGCAGAUAGCAUGCAUGCAGAUAUCUGGAGCAAGUCAAAAUAAUGUAUAUGAAUUAACUGCACUGUACUGAAACAGAGGGUGCACUUAUCAGGAGUUGACUAUACUCACUGGUGGAGGCUACUGAGGGGAGGAGUGUAAUGGCUGGAAUGGACUGAAUGUAUUGGUAUCAAACACAACCAUGAUACCAUUCCAAUCACUCCAUUCCAGCCAUUAUUAUGAGCCGUCCUCCCCUCAGCAGCCUCCACUGAUACCCACAUAUUUGAAUGUGUUGCCUAUGGAUUGCCAUGGCAAUAGGAAUUAUAUAGGUGUGAUAUCAUACUUUCAUAUAUUUGUCAAUGAGAAGGUUAAUCAUGUAAUGUCUGGUUUAGAGUAUAUAUCAAAUGGUGUAUAUUCAAUUGUGUUCUUCAAUCCUACUUAAGAUUUGUUAGGGAGACUGCUCUUUUUAACAUCCUCAUUUUUGAAAAUAUGUUAUACUCAUGACACCUGCAAUACUGGUUUUUGGUUAAUCUGUUUUGGUUUGUCAUUAGUCCACUGUGACAAUUGAUUCGUGAAAAUUAAUUAAUGAAUAGCUUCAUUCUCAGGAUGUUAUUAAAAAGCACAAACUAGUGGAUGAAUACUUCUACAGUAAGUAUGGGUUCAAUUAGGUGUUCUUCUAACUUGAUUAGAAAAUAAAACAAAAGACGUUUAACAAAAUAAGUCCAUCCAGUUCCUACCUGCAUGUAGUGUGCUUCUAUAUCAUUCUUGUUUCAUUCUUAUUCUGUACUGUUAGAUUUCAUUGCAGCCUUUGAUAUUAUUUACCAUAACCUGUUGUUGAGGAAACGUAUGUUUUAUGGCUUUUCAUCCUCUGCCAUAUCAUGGAUUCAGAGCUACAGUGCAUUCGGAAAGUAUUCAG